AUGGCCCUGCGGCACUUUUUGAAGUCACCUCAGGUCACGACUUUCAAGGGUCGUCUGAUGUCCGAGGCACUUUGCAUGCCGCACAAUAUGUUGAAUUCUAUCCUCGAGUACGGACUAGACGUACCUUACCUAUCUACUUGCCUCUACAAGGAAGAUACGGAGUACUUCACGAAUGCUCUACCGUCUACUCCGUACAGAGUGCCUGAAUACCUCAAACGAAGUGGCUGCUUACCUCACCUGCACCGUCCAAGCCACAUUUUCUCUCCUCUCCUUCUUGCCCUCAUUUAUGUAAGCACAGAGGAAGAAGCCGCCUUCUGGACGGCUCUUUUUUUCGGCCCCCUUUUUUCUAUUUGCGCUCCAGGCAGGAGCAAGCAAGUGAGGCCCGAAUCCAACCUCGUCUUCCCCCCAAAAACCACCGGCUCGCCUCACGCCCUCACUCGGCAGUAUAUACGGUUAGCACCCUCGCUUCGCCUCCACCGUCCUACGUCAAAAGAUUUCCGCGAUAUCAAAGAAGGCUCCUGUUGUUCAAUUACAUUCAAUAGGGAUGGCAACGGGCUAGGAGGGUGCUCGGUGCCCCCGGGGACAGGCGAACGAACGAAAGAGGGGCACACACAAUGGACGCUGGCGGGGAAUGAAUUGCUUCCGUCUUGUCUCUUCCCCCUCCAUCUGUCAACCUACCUUACACCUCGAUCCCGUCCAAAAGACCAAACGGCUCUCGUCACUGCCCACUGCCCACUCGUCGGGCCUUUCUUUCUUUGUUUCUCACCCACUCCCGUCUAUUCUCCCUCAUCAGUACAUCUACUUACUGAACAAUCUGUUACAGAUGUCUACCUCUUCUUCCCAUCCUAUCAAGGGUCUAUCCCGGCACUGACUAAAACAUACUGGGAUGUGUCUGUACGCCCAUGCUUUCCCCCAGUACCUAGCUCUAGAAUGAAAGGAUGGGCGACUAGCCCACUGGCGGGAGACUCGAUACCUUACCAUCUUACACACGCAUUGGGCGCUUCGCUACCGCGGAGGGGCUAUCCUGUUUCUGUUGCAGGGCCCCGGACCGGCUCCGACCAAAUGGAUGCUGCUCAACGCCAGGAUAAAGCGGGACGCGGCAGACGCCCAUCCACGUCCAUCCACGCCCACACGAGGAAACUGGACCUUGGUGACCGUCCGUCUCCGUCACCGUCACCGUCGCCAAUGUCUUGUCUCUGCCUCCUGCUGACCCUUGCCACGGCGGAGCUGGCUGCUGGACCAAGCAAGAUGGCCGGAGCAAUCCAUGCCCUCCUUGCGCUAUCUCUACCACACACACGCUCACCCUCACUCACCUAUUCACUCACAUACAUACACGCACACACUCUCUCACUCUCCCUCUCUCUUUCUCUCUCAUAUCCCCACCGACUCUGGCGUAUGUUCCUAAAUAGGCGAAGGUUGCGUGAGGCCAUGUCGCGGGGAAAACAACCUCAAGACCCUUGUAAGCUAAUGUCUCCUUUUGUUCUGGAAACCCAGGCUGAACGGGAUGAGGACGGGCUUGGGCGCGGCACAACCCAUCGCAUCGUAUCGCUCUCACAAGACACAUGGCGCAUCUCAUCUCGUUCUACCCGUGUUCUCAACGCAACCAACCCAUCUGUGCCGCGCUACCUAUCGUUGGCACACUACGGUUGCUGUUGCCGUUGCCGUUGCCGCCGCGCCGAUGACCACCGACAAGCGUGUUCGCCUUGUCUAGAUUCGGGUUCGGGUGCCUCAGCAGCAGUGAAACUUAUUCUGAGCCAAGUCUGUCGUCCCAACCUGGCUGUUGCUAGCGUGCGAUUCCCUGCGGCCUCGAACGACUCAUCAACAUACGUCCUCUCUCUCAUGGCUCCGCUUCGUGAUCUGGUCCUGCUAGUAGAACAUCGCUUUACCACUGCUGGGCCGUGUCGGCGUCCCCUUGCACCCCUUCAGGCCUCUCUCUCGGGCAAAUCGGAAUUGUGCAUCGCGUAUAGGGUUCCUCUUCAGCUUCUUGCCUUGCUGCCGUCGCAUAUGUCCGUGGUUGCGUUACUGCUCUUCGACAAACGCCGUGACGGGGAGUCGGGCACGACUCCGAUCAAAUACAAUUUUUUUUUCUCUCUUGCCGCAUCUUCGCCAGCCUUCUGUUUCCACACACAAAUCCGAAAGGCUGUGUACCACACUUUCCGCUCGGUUUUUACCGGUGUCUUUGAGUCCACCCGCAGCACCGGCGGUACCGCACGUUCCUCUCCGACAAAAUCGAGAUCCAAAAAUCCAAAAAUCAAGAGAGAGCGAGAGAGACAGAGAGACAGAGACGAAGAAAGAAAGACACACUUCCGAGGAACAAGAAGACUGAGUAAAAACAACUGGUGCACGGCAUGUGCUCCGGGUGACCCAGACCCAUAUCCCACCCCGCCUGCCGUGCCGUUUCUCUUGGUCGAAAAGACGGGCACCGGUUCCACGUCUCCUCCCAUCUCCCAUUCUCGCCAAGGACCCUCGCAGCCACUUCAACUACCUCUCGUCACCGACGUCCAAAAUCAACUUGCAUCUUUUGCCCCAGUAGCUCGCGGAUGCUGCGCCCGGCCGAGAAUCGUCCUGGGUCAUUCUCCUGGCCGCUGCUGCCCCCUCAUCGCCACUAGGGUUCUGCAGACUCAACGACCCCAGACCAUUUGCCUAGGCUGGGCCUCUUUUCCCGCAGGUCUCGACCAUUCUGUCUCUCUUGUCGCUCUGCCUAGCCUAGCAUGCCACCCUUUCGCCUCAACAUCAACUACCAAAUCUCACUGA